AUGCCGUUCAGCAAGGCGUGGCGAACUGCGGUGUACCCCGAUUUCCGGGAGCAGGGUGCGUACAUCAACUACAAGGCCACGAAGGACAUCCUUCACCGGAUGAAGGAGGACAUCGCAAACCCGACCACGCCCGAUGAGCUGUACGAUUCGCUACUGGAACAAAAGUGCCGAGUGUAUAAUUGGUGUAAAAAGAAGGUGGAAGAGCUUCGGAUGGUUGCGGAAGCCCUCAUGGCAGCCUCCGACUACCUCACAGAAGACGACAUGCCAACCAACCUCAGCAUGGUGCUCAACACGCUGGGCAGUGGCAACGUAAAGUACCUGCCACCUGGUGAGGCGCGUGUGGUGGCAGACGCCGUAAUGCACGAAUUGCUCCGCUUUGUCGAGUGUCGUAACUUGAACACGGACACUAUUGAGCACAUUAUUGGUCGUAUGUAUCGUUAUGCAGUCCUGGGUCCCACAGGGGAUCGCUGGAAUAAUAUCAACACGGAAUAUGACUAUUAUGCGCUUUCCAUUGACGAGAUCCUUUUCCUCCUUUCGAAGGUGUACGAUCGCGUGUUGGAGACGGAAAAUACACGGAGCGUUAAGCGGUCUGGUAUUCCAGCCGGUACUGUUGGCUCGCAGGUCUUUGAUCGCCGGUCAGUGAAGUACUGGGUGCACAUGCAGGACUUGCCCUUUGUGAUUGCACGGAUCAUUCCGCACCUGCCGCUCAGCACAUUCAAGGAUACGUACAAGAUCAGCAAGGAGCGAAACCUCCCCUUCACGCUCGGCUCGCCCGUCAGCAGCGUUUACUUGGACAACGACAAGUUUCUCCUCUACCACAGGCGACUUGAGCGUUUGGAAGGGGCAACACUUAUUCGUAUGCGUUGGUACGGUGACCCGUUUGAGUCGGAUUGGAAUCAAUUGGGUCCCAAUGACGCUGUCUUUAUGGAGAUUAAGGUUCACCACGAGGCGUGGAGUGGUGAGCGAAGCAAUAAGCGGCGUUUCGCCUUAAAGGAAAAGGAAGUUGACCGAUAUGUGCAUGGAGACUUGAGCCUUAAGCCUGCGUUGGAAAAAUUGCGGACGAAGAAUGCCUCAGAGGCGGAGUUGCAGAAAUUUAUGUCACUUUCAACGGAGAUCCUCACGAAGAUCCAUGCCUACGACCUUAAGCCCGUACUUCGCACGCAGUGUUGUCGUGCUGCAUUCCAGCGGGGGAAUGAUCAAUCUAUACGCAUCAGCAUCGACACAGAUCUGCGCAUGUCGGCUGAAGAUUUUGGUCUAGGUCAUCACUGGCGUUACACCGGCCUUGACUCCCCAGUGUCGCACUUUCCGUACGCUGUGGUGGAAGUAAAGCUCCAGUGUGCCGAAAAUGAACGUAUCGCACCCUGGAUUGAAGAGCUGAUGAGCUGCCGUUACAUGGAGAGUCUCCCGAAGUUUAGCAAAUACGCGCACGGCAUUGCCUCGCUGUACGGUCACACACCUUUUAUUGAGAUGGUCCCGUACUGGAUGCACCAGCUCGACAUUGACAUUCGUGCCUCCACGAAGCCGGAGCAGAAUCAGUGGGACCCCACCGUCGGCAUCGCCUCCGGCUGCUGGGAGCGAACUACCGACCGCGCCAUCUUUGGCGUCGGACACGCGCAGACGCAAACAGUCGGUGCAUCCGAGGCACGCUUCCUCCCCCGCACCGACUAUACACGCAUCUACCAGAGGGUGUUGGACGGCAUUCUUAAGGGAGGUGCCGCCAUGGAUGUAGAAACCCAGUCAUCGGGCAACAUUGGGCGGCAAGAGCUUAUCCCUGUUGUUCAGUACGACGUGAAUCGGCGGCACAACGCCUACACCGCCUUCCACCUCUACCCAUAUGCGGAGCACGGCGUGGAGUCACUCUGCUUCACACCUGCGGGUGGUAAAAACGCGGCAGCGGAGGUGUUCUCGGGUCUUAUUCCGUGGCAGACAGGUAAGCGAAUUCGCGUGCCGCAGAAGUACGACCCAAAGACGCUGCUCACAUCGGAGCGAUACAUGGUGAAGUGGGCAGAACAGGCGACACGGGUAGGACUUGCCGGCCUUGCGGUGAUUCGUUUCGGCAAAAGUAUGAGCCUUCCGAACAAUAUUGUACAGCUGCCAUCGUUUUGGAGAGCGAACUUCCAUGUUAUUUUGGGUACAUCGAUGGUGGUCGUCGCCCUGUUCAUCUUGGCGUACGCGUACAUCGUGUUCAAAGCACGCGCGCGGCGUGUGUACGCACGGAAGAAGAUUCGAUAUGACGACAAGGGCGGGCCGACUGCCCUGACACUUAUUCUGGUAGCUGUGAUCUGCAUUACAGCGCUAACGCAUGUUAUGGUUCGCUACGGCCCGAUGCUUACCGCUAGUGAGGCCUUCUGA